AUGAUGUGCGCUCUUUUACAUGCAACUACCAGAGUGUGUCAGUCCGUUGGCACCUGGCACAAGUUUGAGGGCCACUUGGCGCUGAUUGGAGAGGCCAUAGAACUCGAACGAGCAAGAGUAGAUCGCAUGAUAUGGUGUAUUCAGCAUCUACAUCAUACUGCAGUACCUUUCUGUGUGGUGAGUAAUUUCUGGGCCAUUUGUCGCGGUGAGGAGCCCAAGGAAGGGUAUGAGCAGAUACUACUAAGAUGCGUCACCCUCAUGUAUCCAGAGUAUAAGGACUUGAUUAAGUCGGCCAAAGCAGCCGAGGGGCCCAACACUAUAAUGUUCCGGCAGAGAUUGGGCCUUAAUAGGAACAAGUUGACCAGCGUCAUCAUGUAUCUACUCUGCACAUCUUAUGCUCCAAAUGACGAUGCCCUAAAUCUCUAUACUUGCACCAAUUGGAGAACCGAGAAGAGGAAAGGGGCUCUAAACCGUUUGUGGCGUGUGAUGAACAACACUGAGCCGGUGACUAAGCUAUUCGAUGGAGCCAACGUGACAGAUAUUCUUCCGUUUGGAAGGAGUCCAGAGAGAGUUUGUAACGAAGGGCCAUCACCGGACAAUCCAGCUGAAAAUCAAAGUGAACAGGAGCAGCCGAAUGGACAGAAGCUUGCAAGCGAGGAUGUCACACCAGAACCUGACGAAGUUGAGAAUGACGAAGCCAGAUUUUUGGGAGCGGACGAUCCAGUUGACAAAGGGCCAAUUGCCCCAGGCUAUGUGGCCCCAACGAGGAAGUUGCCUAAACUAAUUCACAGGAAAUGUCGGAUUUACUGCGACCUCCCAGCUGAGGCUAUGUUCUGUGAUUCGAAUAGGGAGACCAAAGCUGCCAAGGUUGGAGGGCGCAUGAUCGCCACUUUAACCGAGACAGAAUGGCCUAAAUUACCAGGAGUGAUGUUGGGCGCGCCCAUGAGCACUAAAGUAGACGCUCUGCAACCACAUCCCUCAAUCGUGUCGGUGAUUUGUUCCCAAUAUGAUACAGAGUGGGAAUCAGUAGCCCACCUGAUGAAUCGCAUCUUUCCGGUGGGCCUACAAAUUAGUACGGCGCAAAAGUGGUUCGCCUUCAUACACGCUACUGUCAGCCGCCAAUGUUGCACUACUUCUUGGGUGUGCGUGUGGUUAAGAUGGUUCGAUCGGUAUUUGGUUGAGAAAAUUCGUGAACUGGAUCCUAACGCUACGCCGAAAACACAAGUGGUGCAUCGGCCAGAUUAUUCCAACUGA